AUGGAUCCGAAUCAGGUAGCAGAACUGAGAAAAUUCGUCGAACAGUUGAAAUCGAAUCCUUCGAUUCUCCAUGAUCCUUCUCUGAUUUUCUUCAAGGAAUAUCUCAGAAGUUUAGGAGCUCAAGUUCCCAAGAUUGAGAACACUGAAAGAGAUUAUGAAGAUAAGGCUGAGACAAAACCCAGUUUCUCUCCUAAACAUGAUGAUGAUGAAAUUAUGGAGUCUGAUGUUGAACUAGACAACUCUGAUGUAGUUGAACCAGACAAUGAUAAGACUCCUCAGCCGAUGGGAGAUCCUACUGUUGAAGUGACGGACGAAAAUAGGGAGGCUGCUCAGUCAGAGAAGAGCAAAGCUAUGGGGGCAAUCUCUGAAGGAAAGUUUGACGAAGCUUUAGAUCAUCUAACAGAAGCUAUAAUGCUAAACCCCACUUCAGCAAUUCUCUACGCCACUAGAGCUACCGUGUUUCUAUUAGUUAAGAAGCCAAAUGCUGCAAUUCGCGAUGCAAACGUGGCUUUACAGUUCAACCCUGAUUCAGCUAAGGGGUGCAAAGCACGAGGUAUGGCUAAGGCCAUGUUAGGCCUAUGGGAAGAAGCUGCGGCUGAUCUUCAUGUAGCAUCAAAAUUAGACUACGAUGAGGAGAUGGGGUUGGCACUUAAGAAGGUUGAACCCAAUGUAAAGAGAAUCGAAGAACACCGCAAAAAAUAUCAGCGUCUGAGGAAAGAAAAGGAACUCCAAAGGGCUGAACGGGAGAGACGAGAACAGCAAGAAGCCCAGGAGCGAGAAGCUGUGGCUGCACUCAAAGACGGACAAGUGAUUAGCAUCCACUCAACAAGCGAGCUAGAAGCAAAAACAAAGGCUGCAAAGAAGGCAUCCCGUCUGCUCAUCCUAUACUUCACAGCCACCUGGUGUGGACCGUGCCGCUACAUGUCUCCUCUGUACUCAAGCCUGGCCACUCAGCACCCAAGAGUCGUCUUCGUGAAAAUUGACAUAGACGAGGCCAAUGACGUGGCUGCUUCUUGGAACAUUAGCAGCGUCCCGACCUUUUGCUUCAUGAGAGAUGGCAAACAGGUGGACAAAGUUGUCGGAGCUGAUAAAGGUUCGCUUGAGCAGAAGAUUGCACAGCAUUCUUCUUCUAAGUAA